CACAGGAGAGUCUCUCAGAUGACUAAAGCAGAGUCGUGAGGUGGAAGGAUCUGCCUGCAGAGCUCAGACACAGGGUUGUGACAUGGCACAGAAAACUUUCUGCUGCACUGAAGGUUCCCCGAGCUCAGUGACCUCCGUUAUUCUCAAACAGAGGAAGUCUGAAACAAUUAGGACUCUUUAGAGACGCCGAACUGGACAAUCAGGGAGGAGGACUUGAACACAACUCAUCAUCUUGGAAGUCUGCGUGCUUUGAGAUUGUGCGCCACGUUGGCGGCAGCCAUGAGCUGGUCAAAGGAGUCCCAGAAAAAGAAGAAGAUUAUUAUUGGCAUCUUGGCUAUAGCUAUUGUGACCCUAAUCCUUGGUCUUGGACUUGGUCUUGGAUUGGACUUGCAGAGAUGUCGAAACAAAGUCGUCCCCCACACAUCCUGCAGGAAUCGGUGCCACGAGCCCUAUGAUGGCGAGGUCCCCGGCUGCAGAUGUGACGUGAACUGUAAUGCCAGCAACACCUGUUGCUAUGACUACCACGACAUCUGCACUGUCCCCACUGAGCAGUGGGAGUGCACCAAGCUGCGCUGUGGAGAGAAGAGGCUGACGCAGAGCAGAUGUCACUGCUCCGACGACUGCCUGUCUGCUGGAGACUGCUGCACAAACUACAAACAUGUAUGCCACGGAGAGAAACAAUGGGUGGAGGAAGAGUGUGAAGACCUGUUAACCCCUACAUGUCCAUCAGGCUUCAAGCAGCAGCCUCUGCUCCUCGUCUCUUUGGAUGGACUGCGGGCCGAGUACCUGCAGACGUGGAGCGCACUCAUCCCCGUCCUGGACAAACUCAAGACAUGUGGAACCUCGGCUCCGUACAUGCAGGCAGCGUUUCCCAGCAAGACAUUCCCAAAUCACUACACCAUUGUUACGGGACUCUAUCCAGAGUCCAACGGUCUGAUCGACAACACGAUGUACGACCCAGUGUUUGAUGCCAGUUUCAGUCUGUCCAGUCCAGAGAAAGACAACCCCGCCUGGUACCUGGGACAGCCUAUCUGGCACACAGCGAAGCAUCACGGGCUGAAGUCUGGGACUUUCUUCUGGCCAGGAUCAGACGUCAAAAUCAACGGGAGCUUUCCCGACAUCCACAAACCGUACAAUGGUAAAGUGCCGUUUGAGGAGAGAGUUUUCACCGUGCUGAAGUGGCUCCAGCUGCCAGACGAUGAAAGACCAGAUUUCUACACGUUGUAUCUGGAGGAACCGGAUAAAUCCGGACACAACUACGGUCCGGUCAGCGGAGGGCUUAUUGAAGCGAUCCAGGGUGUGGAUAAGGUCAUCGGUCAGCUGAUGAACGGCCUGAAGCAGAUCGGCCUCCACCGCUGUCUCAACAUCAUCAUUGUGGCAGAUCACGGUAUGGAGGAUACGAGCUGCGACAGGAAGGCGGUGCUGCAGGAGCUGGUUGGGGACGUCAGGAGCUACUGGGUCACUGAGGGAACAUUCGGACGCAUCCGAGCCAAAGACAAAGACACAGUGUUGGACUCGGCCGGACUUGUUGCCAACAUGACCUGUAAGGAGCCAGACCAAAAGAUCAAGCCGUACCUGAAGGCCAACCUGCCGAAGCGCCUGCACUUUGCCAACAGCCGUCGCAUUGAAGACAUCAGCGUCCUGGUCGACCCAAAGUGGUUGUUUGAGAGAUAUCCAGGAUCGCUCACAUUCUGCUCCGGUGGAGCUCACGGCUACGAUAACGAUGCUGAGAGCAUGCAUGCCAUGUUUCUCAGCUAUGGACCCAAGUUCUACCACAUGACAGAAAUUGAACCUUUUUCCAACAUCGAGUUGUACAAUCUUAUGUGUGACGUGAUGCAGAUUUCUCCCACUGACAACAACGGGACUCACGGCAGCAUGAACCACAUCCUGAGGCGGCCCUACUACACACCGGCGCCCCCUGCAGAGCAGAGCAGGCCGGCUCAGUGUCCGCUGACCAGCCUGGACCCUGCAGACGCUCUGGGAUGCUCCUGUUCUGCAGUGAGUGUAAGUGCAAUCAACAGCCGUCUGAAUCUGACAGCAGAGGAAGUGUCGGCUGCGGAGAAGACACACACGUUGUUUGGUCGUCCCCGGAUGCUGCAGCCUGACCGGAGUUACUGCGUGCUCCACCAGGACGGAUUCAUCAGCGCCUACAGCCACGACGCCCUGAUGCCUCUGUGGAGCUCCUUCACCGUCGAUAAACCAAUGGACUUGGACCCGUUGCCACCAGUGACACCGGACUGCUUGAGGGCUGAUGUCCGAGUCCCCCGGAGUCCCCGAUGUGAUCAUUACAACGCUGCUGGGAACCUGACGCAUGCCUUCUUGUAUCCACCCAAUCUGAACACGACAGCGGAGCAGCAGUACGACGCUCUGACAAUGAGCAAUGUGGUGCCGAUGUACCCCGAGUUUAAGAAGAUCUGGGAUUACUUCCACAGCACACUGUUAAAGAAAUACGCCUCAGUUUACAACGGCGUUAACGUGGUGACGGGCCCUGCCUUCGAUUUCAACUACGACGGUCGAUACGACACUCCAGAGCAGCUCCAAGAGUUUGUGUCUGGCACCAACAUCUCCAUCCCCACACAUUACUUUGCCGUGAUGACUAGCUGCAGAGACUCGGCCCUGCCUGUGAGCACCUGUGUUGGCGAGCUGCGCACCGUUUCCUUCUUGCUGCCUCACAGACCAGUCAACUUGGAAAGCUGCAAAAGUUCACAAGCCGAGUCUCACUGGGUUGAGGAUCUCAUGUGGUUCCAUCAGUCACGAGUCCGAGACGUGGAGUGGAUCACAGGAUUGGAUUUUUACCAGGACAGCAAUCGACCAAUCCCAGAGCUGCUGAAGGUGAAGACCCGCCCCACAGCUGCCAUUCACAGAAAACAAUAAAGUCGCUCUUUUCUACCCCAAAAAAAUCACUAAGAUCAAUAUUCAGUAUCUGGUAAAGUAUUGAGGAAGUAGUCUUAAAUUGUGUUAUCAGAUUGUUAGCACUGGACUAAAGAGUGUUUAUUUAUUUACUUUUUAAUUUAAAACUGUAUUAUUUAAUCCAUUAUUGUGAAGUUUAUCUCAGUGAUUUUUUUGUAAUCUGUAUUUAAGGGAUUAUUUUAUGCAAAAUCCAAAAUCUGUGUUGACUUUUUUGGA